AUGGUACCACCAGGUCUGAAUGAGUGCUCUAGGCAUGUUCCUAAAAUUAUCAUCGCAAAUUUGCCCCCUUUUGUCGACGAGUUCGAAGCAUUUAGAAUUUGUCAUAAUUAUGGAGCUAUCGACAACAUUAGACUACGUUGGGAUUCCAACGUUCGAAAGCAGAGCAAGGUGAUAGAAGUGGUAUAUGUGUCAAAAUCCCAAGCUGAACAGGCUUUGAGGGACCUCAGAACCAAAUGGAUUUUCGGUCGAGCACCUAGGCUUUAUAAGGUUUUAUAUCGCGAUUCAGCCGCUAACUUGAAAUUCUGA